GCCUUGGAGUUUUGUGGUUUGCAUGUAUCGCUUUUGUAUGUCCACAGAGAAAGCCAACAGAUAACUUCUUGCCUCAUUUUGACCAGACAACAAUGGAAGUGAAGUCGGAUCAAAUCUGGAGCAGCUUUUUCUCAUAAGCUCUGAUGGAUUUGUGACAACGACGCCUACAAUGCAACUGAGAACAUCUUUUUGGAACUGUCCCACUGGUUCUGGCUUGGCAUGUGUAUUGGAUGUAUAUCCUGUGAGACAGUGGCCUACUGUUAUUAGCCAAGUUCAUCAAAGGCCUAGACAGGGAUAAGGAGUGGAGGUUGAAGGUUGCUGUGUUUGAAACCAUCUUUUGCACUGUCCUUUUGGAGUACCUGGAAUUUAAUUGAGUAUCCUCUUAACCAGCUCCCAAAUCUGGGUUAAGGGACUUUCUUUAAAAAAGACCUGAGAAGCGAACUGACAUCACUUGAAUGAUUGCCCUACAUGCCAUGCGAUCUGGAUGUCCAAACGGCCAAGGAGGGAACAAUUUCCAACACAAGAGAGAUGCUGGUACUCUCCCAUCAUUUCAGGAUGUCACAUCCGUACCAGUGGUUUACCCCAAGAGUGGAAUAAAAAUCAGCAUGCUAACCACUGCAUAUCCAGGGGAACUUAGAGGGACUUACACUCCAGCUCAGUUGCAGCGAGAAGGUGUGCAAGCACAACAAACUUUCCAGGGACUCCACUAUCAACAGGAGACGCAAGCAAGCAUACAAAGCACGCAAUGCCAGCAUCGGUGUUAUCCUGUGACUGCAUCUUACUCACUGCAGACUGACAUAAGGAAAGAAAAUCUUUCAGAUUCCAAAUCCUUUGACACCCCCUCUUGGUCAGAGAAAAGUAAUGGCAACAUUGAACGCCAGCAAGGUCAGCAAGUCAGAGGUUCUCUAGCUGCUCCGAACUGUGGAUACACUAGAACCCAUAACCUAGAACAUUCAGGAGGAACCCCUUCUAUCUUGCCAGUCUUGCCAGAUGGAGAAUCACAAAUAUAUGCCCAAAUAGAGGACUAUAUAGCAAAAAAGCUUGCAUAUUUUAGGACUGUUUUAACUCACAAUAACAGUCAUUAUGGACAUUCCCAUAAGGAGUGGGAUGAGGACCCCACACUGCAGUCUCCCUGCAUCAUGCCAAAUGUCCAUAGUGUUGUCCAUCUCCCCACAACCUCUGCUGCUGACAAAGAUGUGGAAGGACAAACUCUCAAUUGUGCUGUGAUUGAGCAGCGCACUGUUGCAGUUGGACAAGCAGUUGAAGAGGACAGUUCAAAAGGCAUCAAAGCAAAUACUGAGUUUAUGACCACUUCUAAAGAGAUAGAUGGUUAUACAACAUCGGCUUCAGAGAAACAUUCAACAGAAUAUCCAAAAAUAUUGACAGCUGCUGCCACUUGCACGAAGAAGGAAUAUGGGGGUCCAGUGGUUCUCACAACGGUGCCUGGGAGGACCUGGGAUGAACAUGCUAAGAAACCAACCAGUUCAAUGCUCAACCGACGCUCAUCACAAGAAGAAUAUAAGUUUCGAAGGGUUACCAAGAAGAAUUUGAGAACCCAAGAAACACCAAGCACUUCGAAUGGGUCAUCUAAAGACUUGACAAAGGGGGAAAACCGUGUUUCAGCCUUAAAAAAUGUGGAGGCAAAGGGGCUGGACAUUGUGCCAUGUGCGACUGAAGUCUUAAAGGGUCUCCAGAACAAGUCAGGUUCAGUGGUAACUGAAAACAAAACGUUUGAACUUGUACCACUCAUUAAAAAUCAAGAUGCAAAGACAAAAGACAUCAAAACCUUAGAUCAACAGCAUCAGGGUGUUACCUGUCAGAAGGUGAUGUCACAUUCCAAGCUAAAUGUAUCAGAUGAUGUACCAAUUCCCACAAACCAAAGCCCAUGGCUCUGCAUCCAAACAGAUGCUGUAGGUGUGAAGGAUGAAGGUGCUGUGUGUGUAGAAACUGAUUUAAGCAUGGCACUAUCUGAAAACAAAGUAGAAAAACAUGCCUCUCUAUCUGAAAGCGAGGGUGAGGAAGCACUUAAACAGUCACCAUAUGAAAACAUUACAGAUGAUGAAACGCCACAGCUGGCAACAGAAAUCCCACAGACAGAGCAUGGGGAAUUAAGCUUUCCUGCAUGUUAUGAAGCCCCACAGUAUGAAGAUAUCAGUGAUGAAGAAAGUCCAAAUACUGAGAUUGUAGCUGUGGAGUUGUCUUCACCUACACAAGUACCUGAACCCAAGGAUAAGCAGUCAUCAAUUGGAAAUGAAGGCUUUGGACAUGUACAGGGUCAGGCUCAGAUGGAGGCAGAAGCUAUUUCAGAUGAGGAACUGAUCCCAAAGAAGGAGGACGGUGGUUUUGAAGGUCUAAUUUAUCCUAAAUGUGAUAGUGAGGGAGAGACAAACCACUCUGUUUCAUGUAGUUUUUCCUCACUUUCAAGUGAUGAAGAUGAGACUGACGAUCAGAUGGAUGACUAUUUAGUCAUUCCUAUAUGUGUGUCAUCCCUUAAAUUUGAACCAGAAAAUGAAGACUGGAACAGCCCAGAGAAAUGUGUGCCAUACAAUCCACCUCCGUGUUCUGUUUCCCCAUCAUCUAGGACAAGUCCAACACCCAGGUCACCACAGGAACCAGUACUCGCUUCUGCUUUUCCCUCGUUAGAAGUGUUUGAAACGCAAGAGAGCUUUCUACAAGCAAAAGCUGUGCAAUUCCAGAAAAAGAAAGAGCUGUACUCAGGCUGGAACACACCUGACGCUGAAAUGGAACCACAUGCACCUCAGAACAGAAGAGAGUCUAUAGACAGCUGUGACACUGAUGACAGCUGUGACUACCCACCUCCACCAGAAAACAAAUUUUUGAUAGUGUCAAGAUUGUUUAAAAAGAAGUCAUCACCAGAUGAUAUAAUAAAACUUGAUUCUGAUACGGAUGAUGCAACACAAACGGCCAACUGCAAGAAUACUGCAAAAAGGAAGAAAUUAAAAAAAAACAGACGGCCAUCUGCAGACUUGCUGACACCACAGCACCAAUCUAAACUUCAGGAUACACUUUCUGAAGAUGAGAUACAGGCUGACCCAUUACAUAAUGCGGAAAAGAAUGGACAGCUGGCUGAAACCAAACCUAACUCUGAGCAUUUUCAUAAGACCAACAGACAAAAGCUUUCAGAAAAGGAAAGUGUCAUAAACCUUAUAUCAGACACUGACGAUGAGAAUGAGAAAACCUACAAAAAGCCAAGCAGGAAGAGAUUUUUCCCUUCGGGUUCAGACAGUGAUGAUGCCCCAUUUGCUGAGCUAAUGAGACGGUCACCUGAAACUGUGCACUGUGAGUAUGGAACUGCUCAAGAAAAGCUCAGUGAAACCAGACUGUGCUCUGACUUAUCACACAGUAUAAAGAAGAAUGGACACCUAACUGAAGUGAAAUGUGGCUCCGAGCAUGUUCAACCCAAAAACGGCAGACAAACUAUCUCAAAAAGAAGAGAUGAUUCUGACAAACUGGUAAAAAAAAAACGGACAAAAGAAGGCCAAAUCUCAUCGGCAUCAGAGGAUGGUAAUGAUGCCUUAUUUGCUACAAAACAACAACCUUCAACUAAAACUGCGGAUCAUCUUUAUGGAACUGCCAAUGAAACACCUGACAAACACAGACUGUCAUCUGAAGGCUCACCAGGGAAGCAGCCCUGUUCUUUAGAGAAGAAGGCAGUCCGAGGUCCGAAUCCUGGGGUUGCUCGCUUAGCAAUUGGGAAGCCUUUUCCACCCAAUAAAAAUUUGAAACUUUUGAAGUUACAUGCAGUCAUCAGGAAACGUACAGAUGGAACUAUGUCUGCAAAGACUUUUACAGCAUCCAGCCAAAAGACAGACUCCUGUGUGAGGGAUGAACCAACUUUGAACACAACUAAAGAAGUAAGACUUGCCGUAAAUGAUGCCGUAAAGCAAAAUGUUCAGGCAAAUGUAACAAAACCCAGAAUGGAUUCAAGACAGGUUUCCUUACUUGGACAGGAAGUCCCAUCGGACGCCUCCAGUAGCUUGUCUCCCACAAGUGGACAACUUUCUGAAGCCAGAAAAAGCUCAGCCUCUUCACAGGAUUUGUCUCCACCUAGGGAAAGCUCCGCCUCCACUAGUCUUCCUACAUCUAAGCAGAGCACAUCUAUGCCCAGACAACAUUUGUCUUCAUCCAAACUGCAGCGGUCUCAUUCUUACAGCACCACCUCAACAUCAAUCCAUUCUUGCACUCCCACAAAAGGCAACUCCAGUCGUGCAACCAUACAACUAUCAGCAAGGGAAAGACUGAACAGAGAGUGUGCAAAUAACUUCAUCCCAAUCAGGGGAGAUAGAAGAUCUAGCCUGGGGAUGGAAGAGAAUGUAAGAACCAAUCCAAUCAGGGGAGAUAGAAGAUCUAGCCUUGGGAUGGAGGAGGAUUUAAGAACCAAUGAUUUGUGGAGGGAGCCUAGACCAGGACCGAGUCACCAUGAGAGGGCACCAAAACAGAGGCACAGCUCCCAAAAGCUUGAAACCCCCCUGAUGAAGAAGACCAAAACAGAUGCAGUGCAGUGGACAAAGGCCAUAAAUAAGGAUCCCCAAAGAGAAAAAAGAGCCUCUGUGGGUGAAGGUUACAAGUGGUCAGAGAAGCCAACAAAAGCUGAUUAUUUUCCCGAACCUGAUUUCUUCAGAGUGAGAAAGAAGUAUAGAUAUUCUCAAUGAUCCUGUCAGUGACCAUAAGGUGCCAGUUUCUACGGUUUUGUGUGGUGGUUGAUGAGCACAUCAGUUUCUCUUUUGGUCUUUUGAUUUGAAUUUGAAAAGCAUUUUCUAUAUUUUAACUGUUCCUGUGUAUAUACUGUAAAUAGUUUUGAUGUUGACUGGAAAAAUAUAACAGUUGAAAUUUGAAUCUUUUCAGGUAUUUUGUUUGUCUUUUAAAAUGUUUUUUUUUUUUCACUUUUUUAUACUUUGAUAGCCCUGAUUGCAAUAUAGGCUACUGUUCCAAUUUUUAAAGCCUUAAUGUGAAAAUGCAUAAAAAGUCUUAAAUUAA